UCUUGUCAUCUGCAUGCGCAUGUAGUAAAGCAAUGGCGAGGAUAGUGGUAUUGGCCACUGGUUUCAUGGCCAUAUGCGCCUUGUCGUUCUCCCCCGCGGGCGCCGCCUCGCUCUCCCCCGCUCCGCCACCCUCUGAUUGCUCGGACAUCGUGUCCGCCCUGAUGGAUUGCUUUUCGUACGUCACCAACGACAGCACCACUCCUUGUCCCAGCAGGUCGUGCUGCGCAGGCGUCGCCGACGUCGUCACGGAGAGCCCGGAGUGCAUCUGCCAGACGCUGCAGGAGGCUAACGAUCUCGGUGUCGCCGUGAACAUGACCCGGGCGCUCGAUCUCCCCGCCGCUUGCUCCGUCAAGGCGCCCAAGAUCCACUGCGACGCUUCUAGUCCUUCGGCUGCACCUCCAUCACCCCCACGGCCAUCUCCAGGCCCAUCGCCAUCCCCGCGGCCAUCUCCAGUGCCAUCACCGACCCCGCGGCCAUCUCCAGUGCCAUCACCAUCCCCACGGCCAUCUCCAGUUCUAUCGCCGCCGCCAACUACACCGCCAGCUACUCCAUCUCCAACACCGGCAACUCCGCUGCCGAACUCGGCUGUUACUCCAUCACCGACUCCUGCUUCAGCACCCAUGUCAUCCGAAGCACCGAGGCUGGCUUCUGUUGUGGUGGCCAUUGCAGGCCUUGCUUCUGCUAUUUUCUAUCAGAUUCAUUUCUGUUAAUUUAGAUCAGUAUGAUGGCAAAUGCAUUCUGAGCUUGUUAGGAGGUGUCUAGUUUUAGUUUCCAUCAGGAAUUAAUUGUCCUCUUUUUCCUUCUUUAUAAUAACAAUUCAGGAUUAUUC